AUGUCGGCCAUACGGAGGAAAUUUGGGGAGGACUACCAGGUGGUGAACACCAACCAGGGCAUGCCCUUCUCUGCCCAGGUGAAGAAGAAGAGGCAGCGGUUCGUGGAGAAGAACGGCCGCUGCAACGUGCAGCACGGUAACCUUGGAGGCGAGACCAGCAGGUACAUCUCCGACCUCUUCACCACGCUGGUGGACCUCAAGUGGCGCUGGAACCUGCUCAUCUUCAUCCUCACCUACACGGUGGCGUGGCUGGUCAUGGCUUCCAUGUGGUGGGUGAUCGCCCUCAUCCGAGGGGACCUGACCCUCGGCGGCCACGACGACUCCUACACGCCGUGCGUCGCCAACGUGUACAACUUUCCCUCCGCGUUCCUCUUCUUCAUCGAGACGGAGGCGACCAUCGGCUACGGGUACCGUUACAUCACGGAGAAGUGUCCUGAGGGCAUCAUCCUCUUCCUCUUCCAGUCGCUGCUGGGCUCCAUCGUGGACGCAUUCCUCAUCGGAUGCAUGUUCAUCAAGAUGUCUCAGCCCAAGAAGCGCGCGGAGACCCUGAUGUUCAGCCAGAGGUCGGUGAUCUCGCAGCGGGACGGGAAGUUGUGCCUCAUGUUCCGAGUGGGGAACCUGCGGAACAGCCACAUGGUGUCCGCACAGAUCAGGUGCAAACUCAUCAAGUCCCGGCAGACCCCGGAGGGCGAGUUCCUGCCGUUGGACCAGUGUGAGCUGGACGUGGGUUUCGGCACGGGGGCGGACCAGCUCUUCCUGGUGUCGCCACUCACCAUCUGCCACGAGAUCAACACCAAGAGCCCGUUCUUCGAUCUGUCGCAGCGCUCCCUCAUGAACGAGCAGUUUGAGAUUGUCGUCAUCCUCGAAGGCAUCGUGGAAACCACUGGUAUGACCUGCCAGGCGAGGACAUCUUACACGGAGGAUGAAGUCUUGUGGGGUCAUCGCUUCCUUCCUGUCAUGUCACUGGAGGAGGGCUUCUUCCGAGUCGACUACUCCGAGUUCCACAACACCUUCGAGGUUCCUACACCCCCCUAUAGUGUCAAAGAGCAGGAGGAGAAGUCGUCCGUGACGUCACCCAACCCUCUGUCCGCCGCGCCCACCCCCUCUUCUCCUCUGCCGGGUAACGGCGGCCGCGGCGGCCGCAGGGAAAGGCUCCUGUCAGCCGACUAUGCGGACCACGUAGAGGACCAAGUCAUGAGGCGGCCCAGCAAACUGCAGCGCAUGAGCUCCACCAAGGAGGAGACCUUCUGGAGGGGGGUGAAGACAGGGGCAGCCUUGCCAGGGGGGAAGGCCGCCAGCAUGGGAGACCUGCCGCUUAGUAUCCAGAGGCUGCGGUCCAGCUCCAUCCCGGUCACAAGGCAAGCACAGCUGGAGGAGCAGGUCCAGCUGCUGUCCUUGGACGGGAACGCAGAGGAGGUCGAGCUGGAGAAACACAGACUGCCAGCAGCCAUUAGCACCAUCAGUGCUCCAGCACCUGUCCAGAUCUCCAUGACCGGGGGUCGGCCGGAGGACAACUUGCCCGCCAAGCUGCGCAGAAUGAACGUUGACCGCUAA